GUACGAUGAAGCCUUAAGAUCCGAUCUAUGAUCAUUUGAAGUUGACUUCAACGGGAUCGAGUAAUUCUUUAUUCUUCAAUUGGAUGGGACUUCCCGUUGGGAUAUUUUUUAUGGGUCCUUAUUUGUUUCGGUGUUUCUGUGAUCAAGUGGUUUCGUUCUGGCCAAGUCGAAAGGGAUUGAAAAUGGCGUCAUAUCCAAACAAGGUUUAUGGAUUCGAGGAGGUUUCAAGGCACAACAGGGACAAAGACUGCUGGCUGGUUAUCUCCGGCAAGGUCUAUGAUGUGUCCUCAUUCAUGGAAGACCAUCCUGGAGGAGAAGAAGUUUUCCUGUCAGCAACUGGGAAAGACGCGACGAAGGAUUUUGAGGAUGUGGGGCACAGCGGUGUGGCCAUGGAGAUGAUGGACGGAUACUGCAUCGGCGAGAUAGAUGCAACCACAGUUCCUGUAAAACGGAAUUAUGUGUUGUGGUUCGUUUUCGCUGCCGUCAAUUGUUGCAGCUCCGCCAUAGCCAAUGGUGCGGGUAGCAAGAACUAGCAGAGGAAAGAUGGAGCCGACGAAGAACCAGCAACGUUUUACCGCAUACUAUCUUCUUCUUCUUCUUCUCUACUAUCCAUUAAGUUUGCUUCUCUUCUCUGUACUGCUAAACAGCUUUUGCAGUGCAUCGUUGAUGUUCUGAGUUGUGGACUUGUGGCUUAUUGUUUUGAUGCUUACUGUUUUAUACAUCAUGCUAAAUUGCUAAUUAUCGCUCUAACUCAUAACAAAAGCAGCGUAACACAUCCUAUUAUGAAAACAUUCAAACUUUAUGAAAUGAAUCGGGUGGAGAUGAUACAUCAUAAUUCUAAUAUGUGUAACUUAAAGAACAUAGUCAUUAGCUAAUGGAUCAACGGGGCUUCUAACAUACACAAUUACAUUAGUGACGAGUGAUGUAAAUCAUGCGGUAAAGCUCUCGCUUAACUCUCUUGAGGUGCUAGGAUGAUCUAUAACGCACAAUAUCCGCGGCAAGUGACUUAAAUGGCGGAGAGCUCCGCAUCCAAAAUUAUGUAUAUUGAAAAUCUACAAUCUUUGUCCAUAUGAAUAGAUCUAUGUAUAGCCAACACUGGCAAUGUAAAUUUAAAUAGUGAUUCAUACUUGUAUAUGUAGCUCAGACAACAGGACAUGCGACAUACGAAUAGAUCUAUGCAUUUUUU